CUUAUUCUUGCUUUAUCCAAUAUCUUGGUAUACAUGAACUCUUAGAUGAAGUCAACGCUCAUUCUCGUCCUCGCGUCUAGCGCGACGUCAUGGGCCGCCCCGCACCAACAGCCUUGCCCGUACGACUUCCCAUGUCAGGAAGCUUCAGAUACGCCAGCUCUCUUCCCCGUACCAACAUGCGUCGGCGUCACUUUAGAGGAAGCAACCAUCGACCAGCUGCAAGGGUACUUGAGCGAAGGGCUUUUGACUUCGGUUGAAUUACUCAAGUGCUACCUGAAGAGGGCUCGACAAGUUGACGGGUACAUCAAUUCCAUCAUCGAACUAAACCCGGAUGCCGAGGAUAUUGCUACUGCAUUAGAUGCUGAGCGCGCGGCCGGGCGAGUACGAGGACCCCUUCAUGGCAUCCCGUUCAUCGUCAAGGACAACAUUGCCACGAAAGACCAGAUGGAGACUACAGCUGGGAGCUGGGUGCUUUUGGGUAGUGUGGUUCCACGAGACGCGCAUGUGGUCGCGAAGCUGAGGCAAGCGGGCGCGCUGCUGAUGGGCAAAGCGACAUUGUCAGAAUGGGCUGAUAUGCGGUCAAGUAACUACUCUGAAGGGUACUCUCCGCGCGGAGGCCAGGCGAGAAGUCCUUAUAACUUGACAGUAAACCCAGGUGGUAGCAGUUCGGGCAGUGCCGCGGCUGUAGCAGCAAAUGUCGUCCCGUUCUCGAUCGGCACAGAAACAGAUGGAAGUGUUAUCAACCCGGCAGAGCGCAACGCCUUGAUUGGCAUCAAACCUACAGUUGGGCUUACAUCUCGAGCUGGAGUGAUUCCGGAAAGCAUCCACCAGGAUACUAUAGGCACUUUCGGACGAACUGUUCGUGACGCUGCGUACGCUAUUGAUGCCAUUUACGGUAUCGACACACGCGACAACUAUACACUCGCCCAAGAAUCCAAAACACCUCUAGGCGGCUAUGCGCAGUUCUUAGUUGACAAAUCUGCCCUCCCCAAUGCGACCUUCGGGCUACCGUGGAACAGCUUUUGGGUAUACGCUGACGAAGAACAACAAUCAAAGCUGCUUUCUCUCAUCACUAUGAUUCAAGACGCAGGCGCAACAGUAAUCAACAACACCGAACUGCCCAGCUACAAAACGACUGUCUCGCCCGCGGGAUGGAACUGGGACUAUGGGACAGUUCGUGGUUAUCAAAAUGAAUCGGAGUUCACUGUCGUCAAGGUGGACUUUUAUAAUAACAUAAAAGCUUAUCUCUCGGAGUUGAAGAACACCCACAUUCGUAGUUUAGAGGACAUCGUCGCAUACAACUACGCAAACGACGGGACGGAAGGCGGCAAUCCCUGGCCCUUGGGCAUUCCCGCAUUCUAUUCGGGUCAAGACAGUUUUCUAGCGUCGUUAGAAACUAGGGGUGUAAUGAACGAAACUUACUAUCAGGCCCUUGCCUUCACGCAGCGUAGCACGAGGGAGGAGGGUAUUGAUGCCGCACUCGCUAAUAAUGGACGCCCGCUUGAUGCAUUAUUGGUCCCACCCGAUGUUGGCCAGACUUACCAGGUUGCAGCACAAGCUGGAUAUCCGAUGAUCACCUUACCGGCUGGUGUACAUUCUAGCACUGGGAUGCCGUUUGGUCUGGCGCUUAUGGGCACAGCCUGGAGUGAGGCAAGCCUGCUGAAAUGGGCGAGUGCCAUUGAAGACCUGCAGCUGAGCAGUGAUGGGGCGUUCAAGCGAACGUUACCGAAUUGGUAUGGAUAUUUGGAUAGGAACAUUCCAGUAAGGAACUUGUGAUUAAGAGUAGGAAAAAGAAAGAAACUAAGGAUUUGCUGCUCUCGACCCGACACAGGCACUAAGCAAAUACAAUUGUCAUGUACAAUUAGCGUCAAAUUUUGUUCCAAACGCCAAGCAC